ACAGGUUAUCUAUCUGGUUUAGUCACAUUUCCGGUUUAAUCUUAUUUAUAAUUGCAAUCUCAACUUUAUUUCGGUUUAAACAACUUUAUGUGGGAAUUUGUCCCAUUUGCAUUUGUCUUUUAUGGACUCAUCAAAUUGGUCGUAUGUGACCGUUUGAGAUCCCCUUUACGUACUAGUUGACUACAGCUUGCAGGAAAUUAUCAGAAAAGUAUUAUCUUAUCCCUCUCUCUUAUCUCUCUCACGCUUAAGCUUCCAAGCUAGCAUCUUUAUCUUGAAAUCAUGUUCUUCAAGAGUCAAUCGAUCCUCUCCGACGAUAGUUGAAACAAGACUUCAGGAACGCUCACUAACGGAGCAGGUUGACGAGAUCUGGUCCUUACACGACCUCCUCGCCGCAGAACUCAAAGCUCGUGCCGAUUCGCUUGACCAGCGCUUCGAUAGGCUCGAAGCCUUGAUGUUUCAGAACGCUUCCCAGUUACAAGCCUCCGGUAAAGCUCUGAUGGAUCCCAGCACCUCUCACCCUCCCACUCCCGCUUCCUUUACCCCACACCGCCUCCCUGACCCACCCGAUCCCCCUGCAUUUGCAGACAGAAGCGAUACCAGCCACCAUAACCACCACCUCACCAAAAACCCUUUAACCUCCCGACUUACGAAGAUUGGGUUCCCAUCUUUCGAUGGCUCUCAACUCCGCGAGUGGCUCUCCAAGUGUGAUCAGUUCUUCGACAUCGACGGCACACAACCGGAGCUCAAGGUACGUCUUGCUGCGCUCCACCUCACUGGCAAAGCAAACCAGUGGCACGUCAAUUACAUGAGCACCAGAUUUGGUAUGUUCCCAAGCUGGUCUGAAUACAUGGUCUCCAUCUCCAGUCGCUUUAGCGAGCUGUACGACGACCCACUAGCUAAGCUGGUUGCCCUCCGACAGAACGCCAACUCUGUGGUGGAUUACUUAGACAAGUUUGAGACCGCAAGGAUGCGUAUCACUCUUCCCGAACCCCACACAGUGAGCAUCUUCCUCGCGAAUCUCAACUCUCAUUUGUCUCUCCACACUAGACAGUUCGUGUUUUCCACCGUCGACGGUGCUGCACGAAUAGCCAUGUUACAUGAAUCCUCCCUAUCCCACACACCACCAAAACCCGCCACCAAAGCUCCCUUCAAUCCCACCCACAAAUACAACCAACCCUACUACCCUAAACCUUCAUACACCACCCCUCUACUCCCCUCCCCAACUACCAUAAAACCUGCCCUUAAAGCCCCAAAUCCCACCGAUAAACAGCCUCGAAAGUUUUCUUACCAAGAAAUGCAAGAUAGGCGCGCUAAAGGCUUAUGCAUGUUCUGUGAUGAAGUUUAUACACCCGGUCAUAGCGCCAAACACAAGCGCGCACAGAUCUUUGUCAUGGAGUGUGAGGAAGACGAAUAGCUCAUACCUUCCGACUCUGACGAUGACCAAGC